UUAUUUUUAUGUAGUGGGAGUUUUGCUUCUGUCAUUGGCAUUAAAAGUUGGAUAAUCUUGAAGCUUUUCUUCUUUUUCUUGAUUUCUCGAUGAUGUAGUACUGUUUUUCCUGUAAGUUGAGGUCUAAAUUCAUCACAUGCUUAAUUUCUGCUGAAAGUUGCAUCCUGGGAAGUGGGAAGAUUUUGAGGCUACUGCAUUUCUUGUGAAGUUUUUCUCCUCAAGGAACAAUUUGAAGGUUGUUUCUUUUGUUUUGUUUUGUCUGUCUUUGUGAAAUGAGAAAUUCUGUUUGUGUUUUGUGAAGUGUUGAAGUAAUUAGAAGGUUUGGUUGCUGAUGUAAUUGUGAGGAAGAUGAAGUCUCUGAGUAGUGUAGGACUUGGUUUGAGUGUGAUCUUUGGUUGUCUUUUCUUGGCUCUUGUUGCUGAGCUUUAUUAUCUGUUAUGGUGGAAGAAGAGGUUCACAGACAGAGAUGUUGAAAAUGAUUAUAGUAGCCCAGCUAGAGAGCUAUUUUACAUGUUUUGUUGGAAAAGGUCAUCUUCUUUGAGCCACACAGCUCUAAAUCCUCAAGAUCUAAGUUCAUCAGUAAGAUUCACAGAAACAAUGAUUCAUGGAGAUGAAGGGCAGUUUAAUAUGCACACAAACAAUGAUUUCUUACUGAAACCCUUUGGAGAAGAUGGCAUAGAGACAGAGUUUAUGAGGCUCCAAAGUCUCUCAGGGCCAGCAAGAUUUCUCUUCACCAUAAUAGAAGAAACCAAGGAAGAUUUAGAGUCUGAAGAUGGAAAGUCCAGAGUAGAUAAGAAUGGAAAAGAAUCAAAAAGUAGGAGCUUGAGUGAUCUUCUUCUUACUGUGGAGACUCCAUAUUUGACUCCAUUAGCUUCUCCAACUCUUUUUACACCACCUCUUACUCCUGCAGAUUCUUAUAAACCCCAUGGAUUCAAUCCUCUCUUUGAAUCAGCAUCAGAUGCAGAGUUUAACAAGUUAAGAUCAUCUCCACCUCCAAAAUUCAAAUUUCUACAGGAAGCAGAAGAGAAACUUAAGAGGAAACUACUUGAAGCAGCUGAGAAAGGGGUUCAUAAUAAUUCCAUAGAGUCUGUUGAAGAUUCAAGAACUAAAGCUUCCAUGGAGAAAUUACUUAAAGAUGAAGAGGACAAAUCUUAUAUUACAAUUGUUGUUGACAGGAACCAAGAUAUGGAGCUGAAUCACCAUCAUCAUCAAUGUACACAACAGUAUCAUUCAAGCACUUCUUCACAGGUACUUCCUUUGCCAUCUUCACCUUCAACCUUCAGUUCAUCAAUCACCAAGAAGCCAAUCUAACCAUUAGGAUUGAUUCACCAAAGUCGAAAAUGGGUAUUUAUUUUUUUUAUUUUUAAUCUUUAACCCUUCUUUGUUGGGUUAAACUUGUUGCUUUUGAAGUGUUUUUAAGGGUGGGAGUUUGUAGGCUAAGCUAAUCUCUGCUGCAUUGCAAUUACCUUUUUCGACUGUCUUAAAAACUUGAAGGACAACAUUCUCUGAAAAAUGAUGUUGAGAAAUGGAAGGUGGGCCUGAUGCAAGUGGAUGGGUGGACUUGUGGGAUAUUUGUUUUAUUCAAUCUCCAUGUCUCCUAAGCUUGUCAGAUACCUAUAAGUCUUCUUGUGGCUGAUGGUAAGGUUGAAACUUUGGGGUAGAAGGGAGCUUUGUAAAAUCCUUUUCUUUUUUGAACCUAAUGCUUUUCUGCUGUUUCUUUCCUCUUCCUCCUCUCCCCUUCCCCUCAUUUUUUCCAUAUUUCCAUUAAGCUUUUUUAGUUGAAAACUUGGGUUUGUUUGAUAACCAUUUCCUUUUUUAUUUUUAGUUGCUGAAAAUCAGAUUUAUAAACAUUACUUUCACCUCUUAUUUCGUUGCUUUGUUAUCUACCUUCUAAAAUGUUAUCAAAAUCCAAGCUAAGUUCUAAAAAGAAAAAAGUAGAUCUCGCAUGAUAACUAUUUAGUUUUUGAAAACCGUUCCAAUUUUCUCUUAAUUUGUUUUUAUCUUUUUGAAUAUAUAUUUAGAUUUUUAGUCAAAAGUCGCCCCAAAAAAAAGUUUUUAAAAACUAUUUGUAUUUUAGCUUUCAAAUUUUUUACUGGAUUUCAAGAAUACUACUAAAAGGUAGAUUGACCAUCAUAGAUUGACCUAAUAGUAAAAAAGGAGAUAUAGUCUCAAUAAAUGGUUAAGAUCCAUGGUUGGUCAUCUACCUAGGAAUUGAUAUCUGGACACCUAAAUGUUGUAGGGUCAGGCAGGCUAUUUCGUGAGAUUAGUCGAGGUACGCAUAAGCUGGUCUGGACACUCACGAAUAUAAAAAAAUACUACUAAAAGGUAGAUAACCAAACAAAGAAACCAUUAAGUGGAAGCAAUGUUUACAAACUUAAUUUCUUCAAAUCUUUUGGUUUCUUUGGUGUGAACGUAAACAUCAUAUUUUCAGGGAUUCCUCUUCUACCUUUGAUCAUUAUAUGAAUUUGGUCUUUACCAAUACUUUUCUUUGGUGCAUUAAAGUUCAUUUUUUUUUUCUUUACAAUUGGAGAGCUUUCUUAUAAAUCACCUUUAGGCGUGGGUUUUUCCAACAUUCAUUCAUUAAAUGAUAUGAAAUGUUUCUUUAUCCCCCAAAAAAAAGAAAGACAAAUUUAAUUUUCAAAAGUAAAAAACCAAAUAGUUAUCAAACAUGAACUUAAUGUUUGAACUCAAUUUUUAAUAACUUGUUUCUACUUUUGUAAUUUGACUCGAAACUCAAAUAUUUCGUUAAGGAAGGUGGAAAACACAGUAAAGAAAUAUGAAGAAACAAGUAAGAAACCGAAAACAAAAUCGUUAUGAAUAAGAUCUUAACAACUUUUAACUCUUCCAUAACAAUAUAACAUAUCCUUAUGAAAAGACUAAGACUUGCCUUCCAUCAACUUUAUACUAAGAAAUAGGUAGAUGAAUUCGCAAAGGGUUAUUCAGCAGUACGUGGCUUGAAAAAGUACCACUCACAACAAAGAGACAGAGGUGGACAGGUUUUUAGAUGCUUUUGCCUUUCUUUUUUCCUUAAAACGACAAAGGUAGGAAAUUGCUCGUGAAAAUGUAUUGUCGGAAUAGGUUGCUGCCCCCACCUUUAAGAAUCAUUACAGCCAUUGCCUUUUACCUGUGUUUUAUAUUUUUUUUUUAAAGCUGAUAUGUCCAUAGCUGAAUCAUGACUCUUGAACUUUAGUGGCACAUGUACUCAUAAUAUGUUCUUUCUUUUUUUUAUUUGGCCCAUACCCUUCAAAAUGUUUUCAACACAAUUUUCUCACAUUUCACUUCUUGGGAGUGUAAUAACAUGAUUUUGUUAAAACUUUUGUUCAUGUCGAUUCAAAUAUAGUUUAGUGAAUAGAGUAUUUUUGUACGGAUGAUCCUUUUAUGAGUAUCUUUAUGAUUAA